AGAACCUAGAAAAAAGGGAUUUGGAGUUGAGCACCGUUGAUAUGCAGCAUGUAUUAUGAAAUUUAUGUAACUAAGUUCUGACUUAUUGCUUGAAAUCAAAUUUUUUAGACAAAUAAUUCGACAGUGAGUUUUUGUAGUGGAAUCUGAACCCAACGGGAUUAUUUCCAUCGAAUAAAUUUACUGAUUAUGGGACAAAGUCAAAGUGCUCGUAAAUUGACAAUUAACAAUGAGGAAUCGGUUAUUCAAAUAUCGACGGAUCUUGCAGAUCGUUUGGCAACUAGGAGCAUCAGACCUCAGGUCACGUCAGACGGGUUUAAACCACCUCCAGUGAGUCCUGCCAUUCCUCAGGGUGGUACUGAGAGCUAUUCAGCAGUGCACCCCUAUCCGGAAUUCACUGUCACAGCUUAUAAAAUGCAGCAGCUGAAAGAGCAGGAGCUGCAGGUCCAGGACCAGUAUUGGCAGAAGAGAUUGAAUAAUUUGCAAUUGACUCACGAAAGAAUUAACAGAAUCCUCCAAGAGGAGUACAAACGUGCCAUGGAUGAAGUUACAAGUGCUAAAGGUAACAAAAAUAUAAAUCUGGAUACAACAACACCAGCAUGUGGUCCCGACAAGGAGAAAGUUCUUCGCUGCUACCAAGAGAAUCCGAAAGAAAUUAUGAAGUGUUCGGUUGUAGUCGAGGAAUUCAAUCACUGUGUAGAUAAAUGCCGAUGUGACCUCAUCUCAGCAGGAUGCUAAUAUAAAAUGAAGUAAAAGCAUCGAUUUCAUGAAGAUAAUAAACCUAUUGUUUUCCAUUCUGGGAAAAUAAAGCAAUCUAGUUUUCAAUAA